CGAUGAAGCCAGCAGCCUAAUUGGGCCUAGCGUUGCUUGUCCCUGCCCAGAUGCAGGCACCUAAGCCUCUCCGCAAGAAGGGGAAAGCUUCACUCCAACGGUCGCAUCCACGUACCGCCUCCUCACCAUUCACAUCCUACCUCGUCUUGAAGAGAAGAGGUUUUGGAAUCGGUUCUCAACGUGGGCCCUUAUACACGGUACCAACCCGCUCCCGCAGAUAACUCGGAUCGCGCCGGCACCCUCGUCGGUUUUGUGUUAUUUGCUCUUGUAGCGUCAAGCUUUCCGGUCUACAAACUCCUGAGCUCGACACUCAAUUCACUGUCUGCCCUUCCGCCACGUGUUGUUCACACGACUGCACCCUCUCAACGCCUACGACUAGCAUCAGACGUCCCUACAAUAUCCCAAAGCUUCAACUCGCAUCAUGGUGGGAAAGUACCAGCCGCUUACUCUCGCGCCCAUCAACUUCUCCUUGACCGAGGGCACUCAAAUCCCCGCACCACCAGAAUCGCCGCCGGAAACACCGCGCCCUCCUACCCCGGGGAAGGGCCCGCUCGACUCGCAUCCUACGCCGCCUCAGCAGGGAUCAGCCAAAUCGGCGGAUAGUUCGCAGCAUCAAAGCACCCUCUCAAAUGGGGAGAAUAGCGGAACACUCUCUCCAACAAGCCCCGUAGGCAAGCGGCCUGGCUCCGUGCGAAAGUUCCUUGGGCUACGCCCGUUAUCGUCCUCCGACAGCUUGAGGUCAGAAAGGCCGGGAUCGCCGGCAACAAUAGACAGCCGACAGGGCUUGACGAGGAAGAGGAGCAGCGGCUGGUUUGGCAGGAGGAAGAGCUCAUUCAUGGGAGGCCCAUUGCCGGAGAUGAAAGAAAAUAGCGCACCCCAGGGCAAUGGCGCGCAGGUCAGCGACAAAACGCCGCCUGCGAAACAGGGACCGCCCCCGCCAGCGCUACCUUCGCUCUCUGCCUUUGGAGUGAGCGAAGAGACGACGAGCCUGGGUGCUGAAGAUCUGUUCAAAAACAUCAACUAAUGACUGGACGGAGAGAGAGAGAGAGAGAGGAACAAGGAGGGUUCAACUUAAUGACAUUUGUCGAUUCUUGGAUGCAUUAGCAGGCCAUCAUUGGUUUUUCAAAAGAUUGGUGGAUAUCCUUUUUUUUUUCCCCUUCUUGCAUACGACACGAUACCCCGUCAGGAGCGACUGAAAGACAUUGGGAGCAGGCCCCGGUCGAGAGUUAGCCAGUAUCGAAGGGACAUAUUGCUACUCGUAGUAGCAUCUAGGGGGUGGUCCCGGCUAGAGAAGGGAGAUUGGGCUUGUGGGGUGAUUGUUGGACCUAUUGGGACGAGCGCAUGAGACACUUCCUGUUAUUGCCAUUUGACUAGGCGUCGCUCUCCGGACACCGGAUCGACCUUUUCCCUUUGUAUAAUUCAGCAGAUGCUGCUAUUGCAGAUAAAUAUACAUAUCAUUAAUUCUUCGUAC